CAUACACAAUACAUGAUGGCGUCUGCGUUACUAACGAAACAGGAAUACAGCGGUGGCAGUUCGUCAUGAAAAUUAUCACCUAAAACCAUCUGUUUUCUUCAUGUUUUCACAGUAUUUUCAAGGGAAUUAGAUACAAGAACUAUUUGAGAUGGGGGACUUCGUAAAAGGAACCCAGGACACUCUGGGAAAACUAAUUAAAAAACCACCACUUACAGAGAAACUACUGAAGAAACCGCCGUUCAGAUUUCUCCACGACAUAAUUACAGAGGUAAUUAGAACAACAAGUUUCAUGAAGGGUCUUUACACAUCAACAGAAAUGGAUUCACAGAAUGUGAAGGAUAAGGAGAAUAAAGUAGCAUUUCUACAGAAAGCAAUUGAUGUAGUUGCAAUUGUAAAUAAAAAACCUCUGUCGGUAAAGCCAUCCAAGAUUGUAGCAGGUCAUGAACCAGAGAAGACCAAUGAACUCCUUCAAGAGAUAGCACGUGCAAUAUCAAGCAAGUCGGACAGCUCAGCAGCAGUUGCCAAAGUUCUUGGAGGAGAUGUGAAUGAGUCUGAGUCGGGGAAACCCCCAAAGCCAGCCAAGGAAGACGAUAAAAUCAGAGACUCCAGUGCUGACAAGAGGAAAAGAGAUAAAGAGAAUCGACAGGAAAAGAAAAUCAGUUCAGACAACCGAGACAGAAGCUCCAGCCGCGACCGAGAGAAGGAGAAAGGGAAGGAGAAAGACCACAAGGACCGCAAUCGGAGCAAAGACCGGGAACGGAGCAAAGAUAAAGACAGGGAGAAAGAUCGGGAUCGCAGCAAGGACCGUGACAAAGAGCGCAGUAAGGACAAAGAUAGGAAAGGAAGGGAUAAGGACAAGGAACGUGAGAAGGAACAUAGCAGGGACAAAGAUAAGGAGAGGGAUCGGGAGAGACGAGAAAGACGGAAACGCAAAGAAGAGGAAGAGGCUGCAAGACAGCAGCAGCAGAAUGCUCAAGAAGAUGAAGAGGAUGCUAAACCUUCACAGGGAGAGAAUGAGGAUGGGAGUUCUAGCAAUCGUAUCCCUCGUCCGACCUCGGCCAAAGGUCAACGCCGACGCCCAAUGCAAGGCAGUGACGACUCAGAAGGGGAGGAAGAGGUAGAUGGCGGUGGAGGUCAGAAACUAGACCAAGAAAAGAACAACAUGGUGAAUGGUAAUGACUCGCUACCACCACCGGCUAGUCGUAAGCUACCUAGACCUAGUAGUGCCCGGCCAGCACCACCAAGAGUCAAGAAACAAGAUGCUGCUGAAGAUCCUGCAAUGAGAAUCGGCAGUGGGAAGCAAAACACUAAUGUGAUCGUAGACAACGGUCAGAACUCAGAAGAUGAAGACGAUAUAUUUGUGGUUGAAGAUUCUACCCCAGCAGUUGAAGAAGAUGCAAUGCCAAUUGGCAGUGAAUCUCUGGAAGAUGAUGGAGAGCAUGGCGGCCUCGUCAAGAAAAUCCUAGAAACAAAGAAGGAACUGGAAGGGAACAAGAUGAAUAAUAAGAAAGAUGACAAACCCAUCGUGAUGGAUGCUGCCCGGCGUAAGGAGCGUGAGCGUGUACAACGUGAGGUGGAGAAACUCUCCGGCGCAAUCCAGACGCUGACUCGCAGUGCUAACCCCUUGGGUAAGAUCAUGGACUACCUGCAGGAGGAUGUGGACAGUAUGCAGAAGGAAUUGGAGAUGUGGAAGAAGGAAAACCAAGAACAUGCUUUGGCUAUUAAAAGGGAGCAGGGCAUCACCGACGCCGAGUUGGAACCACUCAAGGCCCAGCUAACUGAGCUGGACCAAGGCAUUGAUGAUCAGCUGGAUACGAUCGCAACCGUCAAAGCCAGUAUUCUCCGAAACGAUGACAAAACAGCUAAAAUGUUGAGUAGUGUCGCUAUUUCCUGAUACAUUAAUUUGGAUCAAUUUGUUUUUCCCAGAUUUUUCUUUUUAACAAAGUCUUUAUGUGUGAGUUCAAUUUUCCCAGUUACUUAAUAACAUACUUCCUACCUCUAAUGGCUUUCUACAGCACUGGAUUUCUAAAGAAAUGGACAAUUUGUCAUAUAUUAUAGAUAUUGGUAGAAAUAUGCAGUUCUUAAAAAUAGCGCUUUAUCACACGCGAGGGUGUUUCAAAGCGCUGCAUUGUUUUUUUGUCUUCAAGUUAUGCGGAGCUGUGUUUGAAUUAGAUCCAUUUAUUUACAUAGCACAAUGAGAUGCUGUGAUGCAAUCUGCAGCCAACCAGACAAGAAAACAAUGGGGUGAAUCUCUUCACUUAACAAUGUGUACUGGGAUGGCUUUCACAAAGAGUUAAGACUAGUCUUAUCUUGAGUUAGGACGAGUUACCCAUCCUAAUCAAAGGAC